AUUAAUUUAUCAUGUUUUUUGAGUUAGACGACAUCAGAAGAAGACAUUCCUUGUAUUUUGAUUGUUAUAAUGCUGGUGUAUGGACCGAUGCUCCUGAAAAUUCAUGGAGAUGGAAUUAUACUAGAGGAGCAAUCUCAGGAUUACUAGGAAGUGUUGUGGGUGAGGCCUGGCAUAAUUUUUAUGAGAAUUGGAAAUUAUUGUUACGAUCAUACGAAUAACCAAAUACUGUGAAUGAAUUGUAUAAAUUUAGCAAAGCAACAGUCAAUCUUGAAAAUUUCAAAAGAUCAAUGGGCACUAGAAUGUAAUUUGCUUUUGCUUCAGGUGGCAUUGAUUGGGCUUUGAGAUUAGCAGCAUUUAGAGCAGUCAAUCAUGGAUGGCAAAGAACUUGGGGUACAUUUGAAUAUGGGUUCUUGAGAAAAGUACCAGGCACAAUGUUCAUUUCCCUCCUUACAGCUCCAAUUGGAAUUCCCUUUGAAGUUGCUAGAAUGGCUUAUUAUGCCGACAAAACAUUCCCCAAAGAGUUGUAAAAAGGAUAUACCUCAUUUUUCAAUGCUUUAUGGAGAAUACCAUUUGAAGAGGGACCCUAUUAUUUCUAUAAGAAUUCCUUCCCUCUUUUUGCAAGAAACUUCUUCUAAACAUUAACUCUAUUUUACUCUUUUGAUUGGAUGAAGGACAAGUUAUCCGUCCUUACAAGAGUUGCAGAAAUUCCAUACUUCCCAGUUAAAGUUUUAAAUUGCUUCUUAUCAACAUAUUUGGCAAUCUUGACAAGUUACUCAUUGUCUUAAGUGACAAGAGAAAUGGUAGAGUUAUGGCCAAAACAAAAUGGUGUAUGUCCUUAUGAUGGCAAUUAUAGAAAAGCUGCUACUCAUAUUUGGUAUGCCAGAAAUCUCAAUAAUUAUUUCCCAGGAAUGUUAAGAAAUUAUGCUAGCAGACAAUUCUUGCCAAUGUUUGUGACUCUUUGGUGGGCUGACUCUUUUGGGUUGUUUACUUAUUGGAAAAUAGAUAUGUUUAGCGGAGCAGGAUCAAAUACAUGGGAAGAUUCAUUUUGCUGAAGUUUAUAAAUCAACAUUAAAUUCAAAAUACAAUAUUAUUUAUUGUA